UUGCUCGAGCGUAUCAUGUUUAGAUAACAAGACCGAUAUCUUUCCGAUUGACUCGAUAAACACCAUUCCAAUUACUGUGUUCUUCUGACUCGUCUGACCAGCAUUCUAUAGAUAUACACCUGCUUGCUGGCAGAGAUACCAUCUAACGAACCCCUCACCAUGUCGACGAUCUACAUAGACGAAACUGCUGGCUCAGACGAUACCGGCAAAGGCACCCAAGAACUCCCAUACCAGUCCAUCGCUUUUGCACUCUUUACUCAUGGUGCUGAUACCAAGGUUCUGAUUCGCAAAGAUUCCUCCGCCGCAUACGAGGAGCCGACACAGUCUGCAUUGAAAAAGGCGAAGAAGGGUGCUGAUGGCCUAGAGAAGAAACGCAAAAGGGCUGAAGAGCUUGCUGAACGUGAGGCCAAGGAGAAACAUGCAGAGAGGGAAAAGAGGGAGAAGCUCCUUGAGGAAAGCAAGAAGGUCGUCUUGCAGGAAGAUGCAUCACUCCCCAAAGCCACAAAGUCAAAACUUGGAAACCUUACGCCUCUGAGAUCCCAGCGGGUUCGUGUAUCUGGGUGGGUACACCGACUGCGUGAUCAAAAGGGUAUCAUCUUCGUUGUCUUGAGGGACGGUACGGGUUACUUGCAGUGUGUUCUUUCUGGCACUGUGGCACAAACAUAUGAAGCACUUACACUCACACUCGAAUCUUCGCUUGAGCUUGUUGGGACCCUUCAGCCCGUACCAGAAGGCAAGACCGCUCCUGGUGGACAUGAGCUCGUUGUUGACUACUGGAGAGUCCUGGGAGCUGCGCCAGGUGCUGAAGAUGCCUUCAGCAGCCGAUUGAACGAAAAAUCCGAUCCAUCCAUUCUUGCUGAUCUCAGGCAUCUCGUCCUCCGUGGCGAGACAGCAUCAGCCAUACUCAAACUGCGUGCUGCACUUCUGUCAUCGUUUAGAGGUUCUCUAGUCUCGCACGACCUCCUUGAGGUCACUCCACCUUGUCUAGUACAAACGCAAGUUGAGGGUGGCGCAACCUUGUUCACGCUCGAUUACUAUGGCCAGCCUGCUUUCCUUACACAGAGCUCUCAGCUAUAUUUGGAGACGUGUUUACCUUCGCUUGGCGACGUAUUUUGUGUUCAGGAGAGUUUCCGGGCGGAGAACAGCCACACGCGUCGUCAUUUGAGUGAAUACACUCACUUGGAGGCCGAGCUUGCUUUCAUUACAUUCGAGGAUCUCAUGAACCAUAUCGAGAGCAUUAUUUGCGAAACAAUUGGCCGUCUUCUGCAAGAUCCCUCCUCUGCUGCCCUGAUCAAACAACUGAACCCCAACUUCCAAACCCCAUCAAGGCCUUUCCUCCGUCUGUCUUACGUCGAUGCGAUCAAAUGGCUCAACGAGCAUGGUAUUCAACACGAGGCCGAGGAUGCUGAGGGCAAUGUUAUUAAAGACGAGCAUGGCAACCCCAAGAUGGUUGACCACGCUGUUGGAGAUGAUAUCGCUGAAGCUGCGGAGAGGAGGAUGACUGAUAUCCUUGGAACACCAGUCUUCUUGUACGGAUUCCCUGCGGUGUUGAAAGCGUUCUACAUGAAAAAGAUGCCCAAGAAGGAGGGCGCGCCAGACGACAACCAUGUCUUCACGGAAAGCUGUGACCUGCUUAUGCCUGGCGUCGGCGAGAUUGUCGGUGGAUCCAUGAGGAUCGCUGAUAUGGAAGAACUCCUUGCUGCAUACAAGCGGGAAGGCAUCGACGCUUCUCCUUACUACUGGUUCACUGAUCAGCGCAAGUAUGGUACUUGCGAGCAUGGCGGAUAUGGUCUUGGUGUAGAGCGUUUCCUUGCGUGGCUUGCUAACCGCUACACUGUACGGGAGUGCUCGCUAUAUCCUAGGUACGCCUUUCUUUCGCUCUCCAGCGAGUUAUCAUACUUACCGAUGUACCGAUCCUUCAGAUGGCCCGGUCGCGCGACGCCUUAGAGUCUCUCCAACCAUCGAAUGAGGCAUCCUUACGGUAAUCACUGGAGGAUGCUUAUUGUUAUUCUAUUCCCCGCACAUUUGUAUGUCCACUUCAACUUAUCGGCUAGAGAAGAGGUAGUAGAUGUGAUUGCGUGUCGUUAUGUUAUCGAAUCAAAAGGUGUAAACCCCCACUGAACACAUCAAAUUGCCCCCUUUCAUGAUUGAAAGACGCUAAAGCACUAGUACAAUCAUCCAGAAAUCCCUCUUGCAUUGUUCGGCUAGAAAAUAAAUACAUUGCACGAGGAAUUUCAUUCCUCCGAGCCAUAGAGUGGUCACCGUGCGCGGCAUGCUUCUCUAUGCCCAGCUUUCCAAUCACUGGAAUGAAUUUUAGGAAUCGAU